AACUCAGAUGGCGGCGCGGGCGACACUGGCACCCUGGAUAUGGGCAGCAGAUCCUCACUCCACACAGGCCUUAACAUGUCAGAGGAUGAACAUUGGGAGAUGAAUUAUCAUGAGGCAGCUAUAUACUUAGAGGAAGGAUUGAAUAAUGAGAAGUUUGACUCGCACCCGUCGAGUCCUGAAGAGUUACCGGCGUACCUCAGAGUCCACAACCCGUGGUACCAUGGACUGGACCUCCUCGCUUCUUUAGUGCUAAUUAUGCUGGCGUUUACAGAAGAUCCAGCUGUACCUGCUUUUGAGCUUCCAGUAUGGGCACAUGGAACGAUAGAAUUAAUGGCGCUAACAGUCAUUGGAGUGGAACUGCACCUUAAGUUGAAAUGGAUAGGCUGGAGCACGAUCCUAAAACAUAAAAGAACUAUGAUAAAGGGUAUAACACUUUUAAUAAUGCUAUUAGAAGCAGUAGUGGUUCUAUGUAGACAAUCUUCACAUUUUCGAGUGACGAGAGCACUCCGACCGAUCUUCUUGGUUGACACGCGACAUUGCGGUGGAGUAAGGAGGUUUAUCAGACAAAUACUCCAAUCAUUACCACCUAUCAUUGAUAUGUUAGGUCUUUUAAUGUUCUUUGUGGCGACAUAUUCACUAUUGGGUUACUAUUUAUUCUCAGAACAUAUUGAUAAUGGACACUUUCAGACAAUCAGCGAUUCGUUUGUCAGUAUGUUCGUUUUGCUGACUACAGCAAAUUUCCCGGACGUGAUGAUGCCUUCGUAUGCUAAAUCAAAAUGGUACGCGCUGUUCUUCAUCCUCUAUAUUAUCACAGUCCUUUACGUGCUUAUGAAUUUGAUGCUGGCGGUGGUGUACGAGACGUUCACGCGCAUCGAACGCGAGAAGUGCCGCGCUCUGCUGCUGCACCGGCGGCGCGCUGCUCGCCACGCCUUCAGGCUGCUGGUGUCCCGCCGCGCACCCAGGCACGUGCGCCUGAGGCACUUCCUCGGCCUCAUGAGACACUACGCGCCACACUAUAGUGGUUUAGACGUGUAUCUGAUGUUCAAGCAGUUGAACCACUCUGAGACCGGUAGCCUGUCGAGUUCAGAAUUCGCUAAUCUGUAUGAAGUGUUCGCGUUGCGCUGGUGUCCGCAGCAGGCGCGGGCGCCGUGGUACGCGUCGUCUCCGCUGGAGCCGGUCGGGAGGGCCGCCGCGGCUGCAGUACGGUGGCCGUACUUCGAAUACCUUAUAUAUGCACUAAUCGUAGGAAAUGGAAUAUCUAUGGUGCUCCGGGUUUGUGAAGCAGCUGGAGAUCUGCAAGACAGCGCUAGACUAUUAUGUGCAUCAUGGGAUACAUGGCUGUUCCUUACACUAUUCCUGCUGGAGGCGGGCCUCCGUAUAAUGGCCAUGGGACUUGGUGCUUAUCUGGAGAGUGGCUGGAACGUGUUCGAUCUGAGCGUCACACUCCUGGCUCUGAUGGGCGCUGUGCUGCUGAGCAUAGCUCCUAAACUCUUUAUUGUAGUCAUAUUUAGACCGUUAAGAUUAAUGCGUUUGUACAAACUAAAGAAGCGUUACCGCGACGUGUUCGGUACGUUGGUGCUGCUGUCGCCGCUGAUGUCGUCCGCUGGCUGCGUGAUGCUGGUCAUGUAUUAUUUCUUCGCCAUCGUGGGCAUGGAACUCUUCGCUUCUUACGACUUGAGGAAUUGCUGUGUUAACACGACCGUGGAGGACUUUUAUAAGUUCUCACUGAACAGCUCCACAGCUCUCGGUUAUUACUACUUGAACAACUUCGAGAACAUCAUCACCAGCGGUGUGACACUGUUUGAACUGACCGUCGUCAAUAAUUGGUUCAUAUUGAUGAAUGCAUACGCCACUGUUGCCGGUCAAUUUAGUAGAGUUUACUUUAUGGUAUUCUAUCUGUUCACGAUGGUGGUACUGACCAUAGUGGUGGCCAGCGUGCUGGAGGCGUUCAGGUUUAGGAUACAGUACAAGCGGAGCACCACCAAAAGAGAUGAGGAGAAGCUGCUCCAUGAAGAAGUACAUACCAGUUGGGAAGAGGCACAGCGGCUAGGUGCCAGCGGGGACCUAGCUGAAGAGUUACGACCCAAUCUCCCGCCUGGGGUGGAGGUAACAUUCAUAGGGUCUCGACCACGCACGAAAGAAGUGCUGCAGAGGAGAAUGUACCAAUCUGAUAUACAGAAGUGGCUCGCGGAGGAGGAUGAAAAUGAAGGUCUACCUCCGUCGACUACUCUGACAUCCAGCGAGGAUCCACUGUCUCCCCCCCUCAUACAUCAGCCAGAAACGGAGUCCAAUAACCAACUGCAGACCGGCUACCAAUUGUAGAACAUAAUCCUGGGCGCGCUGUUCGACCGGCUCGCUUUCAUCUGGGACGCGGUUAAGACUUUAUGAUGGAGUAUAUUCCGAUGGUUUUUCGGAUCAUUCCAGGCUUGAAUGGUGCAAUUAUCUCCACAGGAAUCGACGUGUACUGUGAGGUAUACCAAAUUAAGUUACAACGCCAUCUAGCGGUUAAACGUGAUAAUUGAUCGGUGCAGUUGCUUCAGAAAUAAUACGAGACUUCAAAUCCAAUAGUUCUGGUCAUAGACAAUUUAUAGUGCAGCUUUAUCGUAAAAAAAUAAAUAAUAUAUUUUGAUUAUAUAGACGACUGUAUUAGUGUUGUAGUAAAUAGAUAAUAGCUAAAUCCUAAUAAUGACCAUUUGUCUAUUGAUUUAAAUAAAAAAAUAU